CUCGCUCUAGCUCCAGCACCGUGUUGGGCGCCACAUUCGGUGUCAGCUGCAGCAGCGGCAGAAGGUGGCACAGCUCACCGUCUGCAGCCGAGCGACCAGCUGCCGUCCGGUUCCCCCGCGGGCUUCGGUUAUCCAGACGACUCACCCCAAUGCCUAACGCGCAUUGUUCUGCCAGAUAUCCAACCGUCCCUCCCCAGCUGGACCACAGAUAGACGGACGGGUGAGGAGUGACCAAGUUUGGAGCUACUGUGGAGACGCGGUCCUCCAGCAACGCGUCGAGACGAAUCGAAGGGCAGAACUUCUUCCAUGUGACCGGUGAGAGAGAGACCAAAUGGAGGGAGAGGAAGGGAGACAUAGAGAGUGGAAGAGAGCAGCACCCCAGUUAUCAAACGCCCGCACCCAUCCAUAGACACUCUUUCGACAGGACCUGAGAAAAGCAAGGGAAGGAGCAUUCAAAAGAACACGGCAAGAGGCAUCAGACAUCCAGUUCAGGCCCCCCCCCCCCCGGCACUGAUGCACUCAUGGCUCCCCUUUGAGAACACAUCUCCUGCACCUUGACAACAGUACCUAGCCCCUCCCCUCAUCCGUCGGUUGCCAUGGAGAAGACCUACUCCCUGACCGCUCACUACGAUGAGUUCCAGGAGAUCAAGUAUGGCGGGCGCUACAGCAGCGACGUCCUCAGCAACGGCAUGACCCUCCACCUGGGGGGCAGCCUGGACCGCCACGUGGCGCGGGGUCGUGGGGGCAGCGGCAGCAGCGGCGCCGGGCGCAACCGAGACCCCUGCAGCGCCCACGGGGGCGGGGGCUCGGGGGCGGGCGGCCUGCCACGCUGGAGCCGGCGGGAGAUCUGCCUGCUGUCGGCGCUGGUGUUCGCGGCGGGCAUGUGUGUGAUCCUGGGCAGCAUGCUGGCGCUCAAGUACCUCUCCCUGGAGGCGCAGACCGACCCACUGUGCCGGGUCGACUGCCAGCGGCGGCGCACGCUGCUGCGGGCCGCGCGCUUCGUGCAGGCCAACAUCGACCCCACCAUCCAGCCCUGCCAGGACUUCUACUCCUUUGCAUGCGGCGGCUGGCUGCGGCGGCACGGCAUCCCCGAGGACAAGCUGAGCUACGGCAUCAUCACGGCCAUCGGCGAGCACAACGAGGAGAAGCUGCGGCGCCUCCUGCUGGAGCCCGUGAGGCGGCGCGGGGCCGACUCCGCCGAGCGCAAGGUUAAGGACUUCUACCGCUCCUGCAUGGACAUCCGGGAGAUUGACGCCCUGGGCUCUCUGCCCAUGAGCCAGGUGAUUGACAGCUGCGGGGGAUGGGACCUGGUGGCGGCGGCGGCGCCCGGGGGUGCGGGCUGGGAGGACGAGGGCGCCCCCCAGCGGCCCGACUUCAACGAGAUGCUGUACCGGACGCAGGGCGUGUUCAGCACCGCAGUGUUCUUCUCCCUCACAGUCAACGUGGACGACAAGAACUCGUCCAGGAACGCCAUCCGGAUUGAUCAAGAGGGACUCACAUUACCAGAGAGGAGUCUUUACUUGGGUCAAGAUGAGGACAGUGUCAAGAUCCUCGCAGCUUACAAGGCCCUGAUGGAAAGGCUGCUCAGCAUGCUGGGAGCACACAACGCAACGCUUAAGUCCAAGGAAAUACUCCAGCUGGAAACACGCCUUGCCAAUAUCACCGUCUCAGAAUACGACGACCAGAGGAAAGACAUCAGCAACAUGUACAACCGAAUCACUCUGAGACAACUGCAGCGCAGCGCUCCUGGUUUCCAUUGGAAGCGUCUGUUGGACCGCAUCUUCCGCGACAACUUCUCAGAGGAGGAGGAGAUUGUGGUCCUGGCCACUGACUACAUGCAGAAGGUCUCUGAUAUCAUCAAGACCACCUCCAAGAGGGUGCUCCACAACUACAUGCUAUGGCGCAUCGUGGCGGCGCUCAGCGAGCACCUGUCCACCGCCUUCCGGAGCACAAUCCACGAGUUCUCCCGUGAGAUCGACGGCACAGAGCGGCAGCUCGAGCUGGGCCGGCUGUGUCUGACACAGGCCAAUAAGCACUUCGGCAUGGCCCUGGGGGCGAUGUUCGUCCAGCAGCACUUCUCUUCGCAGAGCAAGGCAAAGGUCCAGGAGCUGGUGGAGGACAUCAAACACUCACUGGAUCUCCGGCUGCAGGAGCUGGACUGGAUGGACGAGACCACCAAGGAGGCAGCCAGAGCAAAGCUCCAGCAUAUGAUGGUGAUGACGGGAUAUCCAGAUUUCCUGCUUAAACCAGAGCUCAUCGACCAGGAGUACGGGUUUGAGGUGGAUGAGAAGAGCUACUUCAAGAACAUCCUCAACAGCAUCAACUUCAACAUCAAGAUGUCUGUUAAGAAAAUUCACAAGGAGGUGGACAAGACUGCCUGGCUCCUGCCCCCCCAGGCCCUGAAUGCCUACUACCUCCCCAACAAGAACCAGAUGGUCUUUCCUGCAGGAAUCCUCCAGCCGACUCUCUAUGACCCUGAGUUCCCACAGUCCCUGAACUACGGGGGUAUUGGCGCCAUCAUAGGCCACGAGCUGACUCACGGCUACGACGACUGGGGGGGCCAAUACGAUCGCCACGGCAACCUCAAGCAGUGGUGGACGCAGGACUCCUACAGAAAAUUCCAGAAGAAAGCUGAGUGUAUUGUGAAGCUCUACGAUAAUUUCACUGUCUACAACCAGAGGGUGAAUGGUCGUUUGACGCUGGGGGAGAACAUUGCAGACAUGGGAGGCCUAAAGCUUUCCUAUUACGCCUAUCAGAAGUGGGUGAGGGAGCAUGGCCCAGAGAGACCCCUCCCUGGGCUCAAGUACACCCAUGAGCAGCUCCUGUUCAUCGCCUUCGCCCAGAAUUGGUGCAUGAAGCGAAGGUCCCAGUCCAUCUACCUGCAGCUUCUGACCGACAAACACGCCCCCGAGCACUACAGAGUGAUCGGCAGCGUGUCCCAGUUCGACGAGUUCUCCCGCGUGUUCCACUGUCCCAAAGGAUCCCCCAUGCACCCUGCGGAGAAGUGCUCCGUGUGGUGACCCCCCCCCCCCCCACCACCACCACCAACCCCCCAACAACCCCACCAACCCCAACACCUCCUCAUACAGCAUGCUCUGUUGGCUCAGUGGCUCCUCCUCUGUGUUUGUGUCUCAGUCAUGGUUCAUCAUCUCAGUAAAACACAGGCUGGCCCAUGUGGCCAGGGGCGGUAGGCGUGUUCUAGAUUUGUGUCCAUGGCUACAGUAACCAACCCCCCCCCUCCCGACUUCCUGGGUAAACGUGACUAUGUGUUAUGUGUGUAUGUUAUACAUGUCAUUUGAUCACAUAUAUUUAUAGAUUAACAUUUUUUUGAAAUCAUCUAUUUUUCUAUUUUAAGAAUCCAAUAUCAAUAUAUAUCUGUUGUUAUUCUGUAACGUCCUAAUUCCUGCGGGCUCCACUGGCAGCAGGAAAUUGCCCACCUCCACAUCAAACAUCAUAGUUUCACAUCGGAGAUGUGAUCGGAACGGGACGGUGAACAAUUCCUCCAGCGUUGAUAUCGUUGUGACAUUAGGUGGCCUUUGAUAACUGUGAUUUCUAAUUGAAAAGGAUUGAGGUGACAGCAAAUGUAACGAGCACCUCCUGCACGCCUUGUUUGUGUAUCUGUACCUCUUCUAUUUUGUAAUAAGUGGUUAUUUUUUUGCCACAGUGACAUGUGUCUGGGGAGGGAAUGAAGAGAAGUAUUUAUCACAACCUUGCCAUGCGUUAGUAAAAAGUACCUUCAUCUGCAUUCUUCA